UGCAAAGAAGUUGGUAAAUUGUCAAAUGCUGCCGCUAUUGCUGCAUUUGGUGCUGCUUUAGAUGCAAAAAAAAAAAUGAUUGAGAAUGUGGAGAAGGGGUUAAGGAAUGGGAAAAGAGGGGAGGCGAGUGAUGCUGUUGGCGUUGUUGGUAGUGCUGGUGAUGUUGGUGGUGGUGAUGGUGGUGGUGAUGUUGGUGGUGGUGAUGGUGGUGGUGGUAGUGCUGUUUUAAUGGAAAUUUUAUUUCUGAUUUAA